AUGGCCAAGGCGGCGUCACGGAAUCCUGUGGCCAUGGACGAAUUCCCGCGAUGGCCACCGUCUGGCCCGAUCAGCGCAGGCACCGCCGAUGGCCGAAAGCGAGAGCUCGUGUGCGCCCCAGGGUUGGGAGAGGCGCCCAAGCAGCAGCCGACGGCGCGCGAGCCGCGGUGGGGCCCGCAGUGGAUGCAGGACUACUCGGACGAGGCAGAAGAGGCCAGGAAGGCCGCGGAGGCUGAGAAGGCAGAGGAGGCCAGGAAGGCCGAGGAGACAGGGCAGUGGCAGCGUCGCGCGGGGAGCUCGUGUGAGAAGAACGGGCAAGAGGCAAAGCUGGAGCCCAAUUACUCGAGCCACAUUACUGGGAACUGCGAGUGCGAGAACUGGGACCACGGUGCGACCGUCAGCAUCGAAUGCCCUGGCCGGUCCUAUUUAUGGGAGUUGGAGUCCUAUGAGGAUUGCGCGUGCGCGGCUGGUUUACGGAAUGCCGCUGCUGCUGCGCAGGCCGCACCUCGCAUUCGCGAGGUGAUGAUGCGUGUCCGCGAGGCUGUUAUCGCCGUCCGUAGUUCGGAGCCGUCGCUGCAGGUCCUCAGGAACUGUUGCGGCAGUUCGCCCAGCCGCCCGCCGCCCGGCAAGGACGUGCUGGUUCGUCUCCGCGCGGCCGUUGGUCGGGCGCUCGGCCUCGCAGCCCACGAGGUUCAGGCUGCCCGCUCCGCGUCGCCCAUCUGCUUCCGCCUGGUCCAGGCCGUACUGCAGGCCGCGGGGGACUCUGACCAGGAGCUUGGACACUGGCUGGAGUUUGGUGCACCGAUGGGGAUCACGCGCCCUACCCGGCCAGGGGGCCACUUCCCAUUGGCGGAGUCGCCGAACGUCUUGAGUCCAGCCGACUUAGCUGCGGGCGCCUUCACAUUCACCUCCAACCAUCCGUCUUUCGAUGAUUCCUACGGCGAGCCGGAGCCGCCCACGUUGGACCUCAUUCGCGAGCACCUGGGCAAAGGCUUCGGCGAGGUGUUUGAUGACGAGGCUGCCGCUGCAGAGCGAUUCGGUCAGAUCCCCCCUGCCCCAUUGGGUAAUGUUCGCAAGGCCCGGCCAGACGGCACAUUUAAGAACCGCAUCAUACAAGAUCUUUUGAUCAAUUGCGUGAAUUUGGCGGCGUCCACACAUGAACGGGUGGUCUUGCCCAGGGGCGUGGACCACGGGGCCGACCUGGCGGCGCUCGCCCGUCGGGCUGGCCAGAUAUCGGGUGGACAGGUCCAGGUUCUCAUUCUUGAUUUUCAAGACGCCUUUAUGAUGGUACCGAUGCACGAAAGUGAACGUCGCUUCAACGUCGCCGUGCUGCGCGAUCCCCCGUUGGAGGGGCGUGGUCGCGUCAUCGCGCGGCGGGCCCUAGGCUGCGGAGGGAAGUCGAACCCUCUAGUGUACUCCCGCCUCGGCUCGUUCAUUGCGCGAUCCACGCAGGCUAUGCUGUGCUCCGACGAAUGCCGUCUACAGCUUUAUGUGGACGACCCGGCGCUGACCCUCGCAGGUACCGAGGCGAUGAACCAGCUGAACGCCGACGUCGCGCUGCGCUGGUGGCUCGCCCUGGGGCUGGGGCUCGCCUGGAAGAAGGGCGUCUUCGCAGUAGGAGGGCACCAGUGGAUUGGCAUCAGAUUCGACAUCGUAGGCCGAGUGGCGGUCCGCCGAUUCUCGGCGGCUGCCGCUUGGCUCUUGGCUCUGAUUUGCGGAGCUGUUUUGCCUCUGCGCCGAGUGGUGCAUGAAUUUCCUGAUGAAUAUCGGCUUCCUCUGGCGCCGGAUCACAUCGAGUUUGACGCCUCCCCAUGGGGCGGCAGCGGCGUCCUCGUCCGCGACGGAACACCGAUCCAAUACUGGCACUGCACGUGGCCAGAUUCGCUCUGCCGUCGUUUCGGCGCGGCCGUUGGGCUCCCGCAGUGGCAGACCCUCUGGGAGUACAUCGCGGCGCUCGUGUGCCUGUUGGUCUGGGCAGACGAUUUCGCUGUUGGCCAGUGCCUCACGCUCAUGGGCGACAACAUCGGCGCCCUUACUGGCGCGGCCCACUUUAGGGGCCGUCGCGAGCUCAACGCCGUUACGCGGGAGAUUAGUUGGCGAAAGGCCGCAUUUCAAUGGAGCUACGUUGUAGCCCACCUCCCGUCUGAGGCGAACGACUGGGCGGAUUCUCUCUCGCGGCUCGCAGCCGUCUCGCCGAAGCCCCUCCCUCAGGCGCUUCGGGCCGCUCAGGCUGCCCCCCCGCCGGCGCUCGACGUGAUCUGGCGGACGUGGGUGGCGGAUUGCCCGCCGCCUGCGCCGACUUUGACUCAGUUGCCGGCGGGCGAGGGCAUGGGUCUGGGACUAGCGCAGGGGCGCAAUUCUCCAGGGGUGCGAUUUCUGGCGCAGUACCUGGCCGCGCGGCUAUCCCUGCGCUGCGGGCUGGCGCGCCUGGCCGGCAGGCUCAAGACUUGCGCAAAUAUGUUAUCCAUGUGGGGUAUGGACAUGGUCCCCCUGACCGUUGAGAAGAUCAUGGCUUUGGGCGCAAGUUUGAAAGCCGGUCGAUACCGCUCGGCCCGGCUCUACCUCUCCGCGGCCAGGGUCGAAGCUGAACGGGGGGGCCACGCUCUGGGCGUCUGCGCGUCGAGGGCUCUGACCGAUGCGACCCGGGCGCGUGAGAGAGGCUUGGGGCCCAGUUCCCAGGCCUCGCCACUACCGAUGGAGGACUUGUACUUGUUACCCGAUGGUGAGCAGCCGUGGGUACCAGGCGGUCCGGCUAACCUGAAGUGGAUGAUCAUCGCCGGCGCGUGGUGGAUGCUCCGGGAGAUCGAGAUCUCAUGCACGAGGGCAGGCUUCGUCACCGGGGCUGGCUCCGGCCCUGCCUUGGAGGCUCCUCUCGAGGUUUCCGCUGGAUGGGCACUGCAGGCGUCCUCGGGCAAGCGGCUGGAACCCUGGGGGGCUCCUGAGGGGCCCCAGACCAGAGGCAAGGGCAGCAAGCGUCGCCGCGUGUCUGGGGAGGCGGCGCCGGCACGGGACAUCGCCAAGAAGGGCCCCGAGGCGGAGGAGCGCACAAUUCUUGCGGAGCGCGUCAACGACCUCGAGGUUACAGUGGCUUCCUUGCGCCAGAGGCCGGAGCUCGAAACCGCCAGCGUCAGGCGCGUGUGCACGGAUGGCCCCGAGUUUGUCGAGAACGUUCGGUCCUUGGUCGUACAUCGCGCGCAGUUCGGCGCCUACCAGGAGUGCGGGAGAUGGAUCAGCCAGGCGAUGUGGACAGCGCGGCGGGUCAUCGCCGGCAAGUGGCUGUCGUACCAGUCGAGGCCCACACGCGAAGCUGAGGCAGAGCAGCAGCAGAGGGCGCUGCACAGGUCCCGUCUCAAGGACUUCCCUGGUCCCCUGCCCGCCUGGAUCGCGGGCUUUCGGUACUACCGCAAGGUCUGCCGCUUCAUGGCCUCUUCCUUGUACGUGGGCUGCCCACGCUGGCUGCGCCGCGCGACCCUCCCGAGGGCAGCCCUCGCACCGGGCAGUUUCCAGGCCUCGCCGGGCGAGUGGCUCCAGAGCGGGCCGCUUCUGCACAGCGGGGCGCCUGCGGCGGGCGUCUCUGCGUUCGCGCUCGCGCCCGGCAGCCGCGAGUCAGGGCAGCCGGGAUGCCCCCUGGUGCGCGAGGAGCAGGCGGCCGCCGCAAGGCAGCAGCAGCAGGCCGCGCAGGCCAGCGGCCCAGCCCGGCAGGAGGCGCCGCAGGGCCAGGGCGGCCGGCCCUUGCCGCGGGACCAGCACGAGGACGGCCUGGCCCGUGCGGAGGAGGGCCUGGCCGGCGGCGAGGACGUGGACGAUGACCUCCGGCGUGCGAUGGAAUUGAGCGUGGCGCAGAUGGGAGGCGGCGAGGAGCAGCACCUUGCAGGCACCUGGAGCUGCCCCGGCUGCACCUUCGAGAACCAGGGCAGCGACCCGCGCUGCGCGGUCUGCGAGGGGCCUCGGCCCGCCAGAGAGCCCGCGGGAGGGGGCGCUGGCGCGCCCGAGUCUGCCGCGGAGGUGGUUUCCAGACCGCCUGGCCCUCCGGAUGCGGACUCGGACUCGGAGGCGGAGGGGGCCGCUGCCAGCAGAGCCGCCCAGGGCCCCCCCGCGGCAGAAGGCUCCUCGGACUCGGAGGCGGAGGAGGCCGCUGCCAGCGGCGCGGCCGCAUCGCAGGGCCCUCGCGCCACGGACGACACUGACUCGGACGACGGGGAGGCUGCCGUUGCGAGAAGCCCCAAGGGCCCUCCCGCCGUAGAGGGCUCGGACUCGGAGGCGGAGGGGGCCGCUGCAGGCGGCGCCACCGCGUCGCGGGGCCCUCGUGCCACGGCGGAUUCCGACUCGGACGACGGGGAGGCUGCCGUUGCCAGCAGCCCCCCUCCCGCCGUGGAGGGCUCGGACUCGGAGGCGGAGGAGGCCGCUGCAGGCGGUGCCACCGCAUCGCAGGGCCCUCGCGCCAUGGCGGAUUCCGACUCGGACGACGGGGAGGCUGCUGUUGCCAGCAGCCCCCCUCCCGCCGUAGAGGGCUCGGACUCGGAGGCGGAGGAGGCCGCUGCAGGCGGUGCCACCGCAUCGCGGGGCCCUCGCGCCAUGGCGGAUUCCGAUUCGGAGGCGGGGAGUGCGCCGCGAGCAGCUGUUUUCACGUUCGGCGACGCCGACUCCGAGGGAGAGGAGGCCGCCGCCGCCACCGCAUCGCGGGGCCCUCGCGCCAUCGCGGACUCCGACUCGGAGGCGGCGAGCCCGCCGCGGGGGUCUGGUUUCACGUUCGGUGGCGCCGGCUCCGAGGCAGAGGAGGCCGCCGCCGCGACCGCAUCGCGGGGCCCUCGCGCCGCGGACGAUGCCCACUCGGACGAGGAAGAGGCUGCCGUGGCCCACGGCGCCAGCCCUCCCGCCGUCGAGGGCUCGGAGCCGGAGGCUGCCGCUGCCGACGGCGCCGGCCCUCCCGCCGCAGCGGCCGUAUCGUGGGGCCCUCGCGCCACGGACGACGCUGGAUCUGACGACGGAGAGGUUGCCGUCGCCAGAAGCCCCCUGGGCCCUCCCGCCGCAGAGUGUUCCGAUUCGGAGGCGGAGGAGGCCGCGGCCGCAUCGCGGGGCCCCCGCGCCACGGCCGGCGCCGACUCAGCGGCAAGCACGCCGCGCGGCGCUGUCGCCGCCGGCGGGGCCGCGCUGCUGCUGGGCCCCCCUCCCGCCGCGGAGGAUUCCCUGUCGGAGGUGGGGCUGGAGGACGCCGGCGCGAGCGCGCCGCGGGGCCCCCGCGCCCUGGAGGAGUGCGCCGGCGGCGCCGGCGGCGAGGCAGGAGGGCCGUCUGCCGCGGCGGCGGGCUCCGAGGCCGCCUCCAGGGCCGAGGAUCGUUGGCCACUGGUGCUGGUGACACGGCGCCCAUGCGGAGUCCCCAUGCCACUGCCGACUCCGACUCCGACGACUCCGAGGCAGACGAAUGGGCCACGGGUGUUGUCGGCGGGGCUGGGAUUGCUGGCGCUGGCAAGGGUGAUGACCAUCAGCUUGCGGUGUCAGUGGAUGUGGACUCAGAGGUCGAUCUGCGAAGGGCCGUUCGGAGAUCGGUGUACGAGUCUUUAUCCCCUGUUGCGGCUGGGACCGUUGGCGCAGGCAGAGGUGACGACCAGCAGCUUGAGGUGCCAGUGGACGCGGACUCACAGAUCGACCUGCGAAGGGCCGUGCGGAGGUCGGUGUACGAGGCGCUGUCACCUGUUGCGGCUGGGACCGGCGGCGCAGGAGUCAGUGACGACCAGCAGCUUGAGGUGCCAGUGGACGCGGACUCACAGAUCGAUCUGCGAAGGGCCGUGCGGAGGUCGGUGUACGAGGCACUGUCACCUGCUGCGGCUGGGACCGCCGGCGCAGGAGUCAGCCCUGGCGCAGCGGAGGCGCUGGCCGCCGCGGGCGGCCCCCGCGGCGGCGCGCUCUGGUCGCCAGGCCGCGGCUGCGAGGAGUCGGAGGCAAGCUGCGCAUUCUCCGUGGCCAGCUCGCUGCCAUUGAUGCCCGACAUGGACGGCGACAGAGGGCCGC